AUGGACGAGCCUGAGCUUCCUGCACUCUCCGCGCCCGCGCAGGCCGAAAUCCGAGGACACACGCGCCCGUCCUUGCUGCUGACUCGGAAGAGGACGCGCUCUGACUAUGCCGACGAGCCCGCCACGUCCAGCGACCCAGCGACGUUUUCCAGCGACGAAACCGCGCCCGGGGCCGAGAAUUAUGCCGCCGGCAAGAGGAAGAAGAAGCACACCUUCAGAGGCUCGUGGUGGGACCUUCACCCGGCCAAGAGCGGUACGAGGACGAGCCAGCGGAAGAAACGCGAGUUCCGGCGGAACUUCGACUCGGGAAUAUUCAUGGGCAGUGAGAGCGAAGAACCUCUAUCAAGCGAUUCGUUCACCAUGGAAGACGAAUUCUUGAGGGACCAAGAGAGGUCCAGCCAGAAGGAUCACGACUCUUCUCAGCAUCCGAGAGUUCGGUCUUGCGGCAGUCAGGACUCGACGCCCAGAACGAAACUGGCUCUGCGCAAUGCCGUUCAGGUGCCCAAGGAGCACGAAGCCGUCUGCCACGUCGUCAGACAGUGUCUCGAGCUGGGCAAGGAAGAUGUGGAUUUGUCGGUCAUGUCCCUAUCAACUCUGCCGUCGGAAGUCAGCACGCUGAAUACACUCAGCAAGCAAGAGGAGAUCGCGGAGGGCAUGCUUCACAUUGGCACUGAUCUCGAACCUCGGCUCCGUCUAUUCCUGGGCAACAACCUCUUCACAAAACUCCCCAGUGUAGUCCUCGAUCUCCGGCAUCUGCGCUUCUUGUCCCUUCGGAACAACAAUCUGAGCUCUCUCCCGCCCAGCAUACGAGACCUAUUCAACCUGGAAUCCCUGAACAUUGCAGGAAACCAGCUGACCGAGCUGCCUUCCGAGGUGCUGGAUCUCGUCAGCAAUGCCCGCUUGCAAGAGCUAAUCCUCCAUCCGAACCCAUGGAAUCAGCCCGCAAGGUUGCCGCCCAAGCGAAUCCAACCGGGCUCCCACAUCCCUCUCAUACAGAAUGGGAAUCUGCGGCUCUGGCAACCGAUCUCUGCCCCUGAUCACUUCGAGGGCGAAUGCCCGCCACGACUGGCGACGAACUCGAACUCUCCUAUCCCUUCGCUGACCGAGCUUGUUCUCCGGCAUUUGGCCAAGCUCGACCCGAGAGGAGAAACCGUGGAUUAUACCGAGUACAUGCCGCAUGGUAGUCCUCAGACGGUGCUGGACAAUCUCAGCUCCCUCAAAGAGCAUCCAGAUCGACGGUGUGGCUCGUGUAAACGACAGAUAGUCCGGGCAGCGAAAGAAGAGAUCCAGUGGUGGUAUGUGAGCCGUGACCCGUCAGGUGGAGACUCUGAAGAGACGACUGGGGAAGUUGCGUCGCCUCCUAGAGCCAUCAAAUUUCGACAUCUCCUCUGCUACGAUGCAUGUCGAGGAUCAGGAGUCAGUUCGGAACUCUAG